AUGACCUCGUUCACCAUUGGUGUGCUCGCCCUCCAGGGUGCGUUUUUCGAGCAUCUUGAGUUUCUUAAAUCCAUUGUCCAGUCCCCGGAGUACUCGGCGCACACCUUCCAGUUUGUCCAGGUCAAGACCGGCGAGCAACUAGCCACCUGUGACUCGUUGGUGAUUCCAGGAGGCGAAAGCACUUCUAUCUCGUUGAUUGCCGAACGAACGUUUCUCUUGGAACCCCUCCUCGCGUUUGUGCGUGAUCCCUGCAAAAGCGUCUGGGGCACCUGCGCUGGGUUGAUCUUUUUGGCCCAGCACUUGAAAAACGGUAAGAAAGAGCAGAAGGUGCUAGGCGGCUUGAAUAUCGAGGUGACGCGGAACGCGUUUGGCCGCCAGUUGGACUCGUUUGAGCAGGUGUUGGACUUCAGCUCGUUUGUGCCGGGAUUGACCGACUUCCCGGCAGUGUUCAUCCGGGCCCCAGUGGUGUCCCGGAUCGGGGUGGUAGAUCUGGCGGAAGAGGGGUUGAUCUCGUCUUCGAACCCCAUUUUGGACGAGCCAGUCGAGGUGCUCCACAAAUUGCACAGAAACGGCCAUGAGUUGGUGGUGGCUGUCAGACAGGGUAACCAUUUGGGGACCUCAUUCCAUCCCGAAUUGUCGAGCGACCUCCGCUUUCAUAAGUGGUUUUUGGACGAGUUCGUGUUGAAGAGUGCGAGUUAG